AUGAUAGUCAUCUUAAUGGCAGCUGGAGGUGUUGUUGGAACACUUCUUCGAUAUGGAAUAUUUGUAGGAAUUAAAAAAACAUAUCAUGAAUACUUCGAUCUUGCAACAUUAAUUGCAAAUUACGUUGGAUGCUUCUUUGCUGGAUUAGUAAUUCCAAUUGAAACAAAGGAGCAAUGGCAAAAAUACUUAAUGACAUUAUUUUCUGUCGGUUUUUGCGGAUCUUUAACAACAUUCUCUGGAUACACUUCAUACUCGCUUUCUAGCCUUGAAAAUCAUCAUGUCCUAUCUGGUUUAGGUGAAGUCCUCUUCUCUCUUUUAGGCUGUUUUCUAUUUCUUUUUCUUGGUUAUUUAUUGACCACAACAAUAAAGAAUCAUCUUACAAAAAACGAUCAAGAUCAAAAGGAAGAAAAGAGCGAUGAUGCAUCUGCUAGUGAAGCACACGUUGAACCUUCAUUGUAA